CCCUCCCGCACUUCCACUGUCGGAACUUAACAGUGUGACAUCCAGCGGAAGUAAACAACACCACCGCGAGCGUUAGCUGCAUGCAUGUAGUGAAUUAGCUGGAAGACGAUAUUGUAGUCGCAGCGCAGCGAAUGAUUUCAUUUGUAAUUAAGCAACAAUGUCUUCAGUUGAGUGUUUGAGAGAGUUUGUCAACAAGCGACUAACUGCUGCUGCUGAAGAAAUAUUCGGAGUUUUUAAAAAAACUAUCGUCGAGUACGAGGAAGAGAUCGAUCGUCAGCGCAGACUGCUGGAUAUCUUUUGGAAACCCGAAAUAAAGUUACACAGGAUAGAGCUCCCACAGCAACAUGUCUGUACGGAGGAGGAGGUUCUGGCUGACCAGCAGCUCUGUAUUCAGGAGAGGAACUCCAGUCUGGACCAAGAGGACCCAGAGCCUCCACAGAUUAAAGAGGAACAGGAGGAACUCUGCACCAGUCAGGAGGGAGAGCAGCUUGUACUGAAGCAGGAGACUGAUGCCUUUAUGUUGACUCCUACUGAUGAGGAAAGUGACCACAGUGAACCAGAACCAAACAGGGACCAGCAGCUCAUCUCUCACAACUCUCAUGUAGCUGAGAGCCAAGAUCAGAAAGGAGGCAAGCAUGGAGACUCAGGAUCAACUAAAGAUGCAGAACCAGAACUAAAGAAAAUAAAUCACAAAAGCAGAAAUCACACAAACAAUGGAUGCAACCAAACCAUGUUGAAGAUUCACCAUAAUCCUCACACAGGUGAAAAUUCUUUCAAAUGUGACACAUGUGGAAAAGGUUUUAAGCAUAAGUCAAAAUUGCAGAGACACCAGAGCGUCCACACAGAGCUCCCACAGCAACAUGUCUAUACGGAGGAGGAGGUUCUGGCUGACCAGCAGCUCUGUAUUCAGGAGAGGAACUCCAGUCUGGACCAAGAGGACCCAGAGCCUCCACAGAUUAAAGAGGAACAGGAGGAACUCUGCACCAGUCAGGAGGGAGAGCAGCUUGUACUGAAGCAGGAGACUGAUGCCUUUAUGUUGACUCCUACUGAUGAGGAAAGUGACCACAGUCAGUCUAUGUUUUUGGAUCCUGACAAAAAUCAGAGUGCAGCAGAGACAGAGCUUCCAGCUAGCCUGUGUAUCACUUGGCUAAAAAACAAAUCUGAUCUUGAAAAUUCUGAAGUAUCAGAACCAAACAGGGACCAGCAGCUCGUCUCUCACAACUCUCAUGUAGCUGAGAGCCAAGAUCAGAAAGGAGGCAAGCAUGGAGACUCAGGAUCAACUAGAGAUGCAGAACCAGAACUAAAGAAAAGACUUCGCAAAAGCAAUCAUCACACGAACAAUGGAUGCAACCCUACAAUGUUAAAGAUUCACUGUAAUACUCACACAGGUGAAAAGUCUUUCAAAUGUGACAAUUGUGGGAAAGCUUUUAAUUAUAAGUCAAAAUUGCACAGAUACCUGAACAUCCACACAGGCGAAAAGCCAUAUUUUUGCAGCACCUGUGGGAAACUAUUCAUAGAGACAUCAGCAUUGAAAACUCAUAUAAGAAUCUAUACAGGUGAGAAGCCAUAUUCUUGCAAAAUGUGUGGGAAAGGUUUCAGAUUUAAUAGUGGCUUGUUGGUCCACAUGAGAAUCCACACAGGUGAGAAGCCAUAUACUUGCAAAACAUGUGGGAAAGAUUUCAGCCGUAAUGGUGACUUGACAAUCCACAUGAGAAGAGCCCACACAGGCGAGAAGCCAUAUCUUUGCACAAUCUGCGGUAAACGAUACUUUGACGCGUCUCAUUUAGCAAAGCACAGAAGAUCGCAUACAGGGAAGUAGCCUUGUAUUUGCAAAAUAUUUGGGAGACGAUUCAUUCUAGUGGUUUGUGGUCAAAACACACAAGAUCUCACAGAAGUGAGGAGCCACAUAACUGCAACACUUGUGAGAAAAGUUUUUGCUCAAAUCACAUACUUGAAAAAACACCUGAAGAUCAAAAUACACAGGAGAAACCAUCGAGCUGAAGCUCCUGUGGAGACGUGUUCACCUGCUGAAUAAAAUACACUUUUGCAACAGCUACAUCUCUGUAACUGAAUGUAAAGUGUUUUCCAUAAGAUGAGAUGUCACUUUCUUAGUGUAAGGUUCACCUUCAUAUGACUAUUAGUUAUAUUUCUGCAACAGUAUUUCUUUGAAAUAAUCGUAAUCUCCCAAAUGGAGGAAAACUGUUAGUUUCACAGUGAGUGCGCAGUAGUGGCUGUUAAAGGUGUGAUCUCGAUGGCCGUUUGUUUUGCCAAAUGUUUAUGUUUAUGAUACAUCUCAGAAUCAAUUUAGUUUAAAGUUCAACAAGGACUCAAAAUGUUUGUUUCAUAGUUCUAUAUGAAGCCUCCUACACAUAUUACCAUGUAAGAAGUCCUGUUAAACAUGAACGUGCCUUCUUUUUGCUAUUUUUAUACACUACCUCACUUAUGUGUCUGACCAACAGAAUAAAAUCAACAUUUUUCCAUUUCUUGAUAAAUUACUUAAAAGAUUAAUUGAUUAUCAAAAUAGUUGCUGGUUAAUGUCAAUUAAUUUUAAGGAAUGGCAUGGAGACUCUGUAUCACUUAGAAACACAGAUCCAAAACACAGAAAAGUCCUCACAAAAUCAAUAGUCACACCAACGAUGUAUAUAACUACCAUGUUAAAGAUUGACUGUAAUAUUCACAAAGGUAAAAAGUCUUUAAAAUGUGACACAUGGGAAAGCUGUUAAGUACAAGUCAAAAUCGCAGAGACACCAGAGCAUCCACACAGGUGAGAAGCCAUAUUUUUGGAAAACGUGGGAAACACUUCAGAUCUAGCAGUAACUUGAAAGGGCACAUGAGAACUCACACAGGUGAAAAGCUGUAUCACUGCAGGACAGUGGUUUCAGGUGUAGUCGGACCCAUGCAGGCGAGAAGCCGUACACUCAAAAAAAAAAAAAAAACGUGCAAGUGGUUUAAGUUCAGUGAAAAUACAGUAUGUAUAACCCCACAGUGUUGCAAUAGGUGCGUCUUUGUGUUUUCAUACACUAAAUUUGAAACACCAUUUCUCAGAACAAUCACAGUCUUCUAUAUAUUGGGAAUAUUUUUUUCACAGUAGCGGCUGUUAAACUUAUGGUGUGAUGUGGAUUAUCGAUUGUCGUGUGGAUAAGAGCAUUUGCCAAAUGCCAUAAAUGGUCAUUUUUCA